AUGUCGGUCCAACAAUGUGCUCCUCAAACUGAAACUGGUGUUACAUCUCGGGAGGAGGUGAAUGUCCUGAAAAGGAAUUCAGAUGAUGUUGGAUGGGAGUAUGGGUUUCUAGUGGAUGCAAACAACAAGGACAAGGUGGAGGGCAAAUUCUGUGGUCAUCGGAGCCAAGGAGGGGUCCAUCGGUUGAAGGAACAUGUGGCCAAUGUUGGAACAAAUGCAGGAAGAGCACACAGGAGGCUAAAGACAAAUCAGGCCGUCAACACUGAACUAGACAAGUUUCGUAAUAGAGAAGGACCAUUUAACAAGAAGCUUGCAAAGACUUGUGAAAAAUUUGAGUACAACCCAGCAUCUUGGUGGCGGCUGUAUGGAACUGAAACACCCGCUUUACAGAAGUUGGCAACAAGGAUCCUAUCUCUGACAUCAAGCUCUUCUGGUUGUGAAAGAAAUUGGAGUACAUUUGAAAUGAUACACACUAAGAAGAGAAAUAGGCUUACUACAACCCGACUCAACAAAUUGGUCUUUAUUCAAUUCAACUCCAAGUUGCUUAAUAAGAAAGAAAGGAUAGCGUCAAAGAAAACCACUGAUGUUCUCUUGUCUAGUGAGACAACUGAAGCUCAAGGUUUUCUGUAUGAGGAUGGAGAUGAUUGUGCAAUAGUUGUCUAUAGAGAUGAGGAAGAUGAGGAGAUGGAAGGUACAGGGAUAACUUGGUCUGUUAUUGGAGAAGCAGUAGGAGCAGACCAACAACUUGAGCUGCGUAGAAGUGCAAGAGUGAGGCAGCUUUAUGAAGGAGAAGAAUUUGACUCCGAAGAAGAAGAGUUUGAUGAAGAUGAGGAUGAAUAUAUGGAACCCUAUUGA